UGCUCGCAUCCCGCGGGUCCAGCCCCUGCUGUCACUGUCUCCAGGAAGGAGAGGGGCUGAAGCUUCCAGCCCCGGACACCCAGCCGCGACUCGCAGCGGGCUCGUGGGCGGCCAGGCGACGUGCUCCUGGAUUUUCACCUUCGCUGUCUAGAGUCGUAGUCUCCGCCUGCUCAUUUCAUCUGCUGAGUGUAUUUAACUAAAAAGGCUGUCUGCUUCAGGAAGUGAGGAUUCUGGAACAAGAAGGACCUUCAGGAGCUGUUUCAUACUGUGACAUGUCUGAUCCCUUGUGCCUGUCCCUGCAGCAUGAACAAGGUGGACACUCACUGAUCUCUCACAAGGCUGCCUCGCCGAGCUGGGGGGUCCAUGUCUGAAUGGAUUGCUGUAGCCUUCUCAUCUCUUCCUCUGCCCAGUGCCCGGCAUCCUAAGACCCGAAGCCAGGACAGGAUCUGGGGAAAUUAUCUGGUUUGAACGGCAUGUCUGUGGAUGAGAAGCCUGACUCCCCCAUGUAUGUGUAUGAGUCCACAGUCCACUGUGCCAACAUCCUCCUGGGCCUCAAUGACCAGCGGAAGAAGGACAUUCUCUGUGACGUGACGCUGAUUGUGGAGAGGAAGGAGUUCCGGGCCCACCGGGCCGUGCUGGCUGCAUGCAGUGAAUACUUCUGGCAAGCACUGGUCGGACAGACGAAAGAUGACUUGGUGGUCAGCUUGCCUGAGGAGGUCACGGCCAGGGGCUUUGGACCACUGCUACAGUUUGCCUACACAGCCAAGCUGUUACUCAGCAGGGAGAACAUCCGAGAGGUCAUCCGCUGUGCUGAGUUCCUGCGCAUGCACAAUUUGGAGGACUCCUGCUUCCGCUUCCUGCAGACCCAGCUCCUGAACAGCGAGGAUGGCCUGUUCGUGUGCAGAAAGGACAGUGUGUGCCAGCGCCCUGAAGAGCACCAUGGGAACUCUGCGGGAGAAGAGGAGGAGGAAGACACAAUGGACUCAGAGACGGCUCGGAUGGCUUGCCCCACAGGCCAGAUGCUUCCAGACCCCAUUAGCUUUGACGCUACUACCAUCCCAGUAGCAGAGAAGGAAGAAGCCCUGCUACCUGAGUCUGAGAUCCCCGCAGACACCAAGGAACACUCAGAAAAGAAUGCAUUGACACAGUACCCUAGAUAUAAGAAGUACCAGCUUGCAUGUACCAAGAAUGUCUAUAGUGCACCCUCUCACAGUACCUCAGGGUUUGCAAGCACAUUCAGUGCAGACAGUCCUGGCAAUAGCCUCAAACCGGGGCUCCCCGUGGGACAGAUUAAAAGUGAGCCACCCAACGAAGAGACUGAAGAGGAGAGCAUCACACUCUGCCUUUCCGGAGAUGAAGCUGACAUCAAAGACAGACCAGGGGAUGUCGAGAUGGACCGAAAACAGCCCAGCCCUGCCCCUACCCCCAGCACCCCUACUGGAGCCACCUGCCUAGACAGAUCCAGGAGUGUGUCCUCGCCUUCCUGUCUCCGGUCUCUGUUCAGUCUAACAAAAGGCGUGGAGUCGUCUGGCCUGCCCAGUACAUCUCAGCAGCACUUUGUCAGGAGUUCAGCAUGCCCUGUUAACAAGGGGAUCUCUCAGGGUGACCUUAAAACUGAUUACACCCCUUUCACAGGGAAUUACGGACAGCCCCACGUGGGCCAGAAAGAUGUGUCCAACUUCACGAUGGGGUCGCCACUCAGGGGGCCUGGGCCAGAGGCUCUCUGUAAGCAGGAGGGAGAGCUGGACCGGAGGAGUGUCAUCUUCUCCUCUAGCACGUGUGACCAAGCGAGCACUCCAGUGCAUCCAUACUCUGGGGUGAGCAGUUUGGACAAAGACCUCUCCGAGCCGGUGCCAAAAAGCCUAUGGGUGGGAGCUGGCCAGUCCCUGCCCAGCUCCCAAGCCUACUCCCACAGUGGACUGAUGGCCGACCACUUGCCAGGAAGGAUACGGCCCAACACCAGCUGCCCGGUGCCAAUCAAAGUCUGUCCCCGUUCACCUCCACUAGAGACCAGAACCAGGACCUCCAGCUCCUGCUCCUCCUACUCCUAUGCAGAGGAUGGGAGCGGGGGCUCCCCCUGCAGCCUCCCUCUCUGUGAGUUCUCCUCCUCACCCUGUUCCCAGGGAGCCAGAUUCCUUGCCACAGAACAUCAGGAGCCAGGCCUGAUGGGAGAUGGAAUGUACAACCAAGUCCGACCCCAAAUUAAAUGUGAGCAGUCUUACGGAACCAAUUCCAGUGACGAGUCUGGAUCAUUCUCGGAAGCAGACAGUGAGUCGUGUCCCGUGCAGGACAGGGGCCAGGAGGUUAAACUUCCUUUUCCUGUAGAUCAGAUCACGGACCUUCCCAGGAAUGACUUCCAGAUGAUGAUUAAAAUGCACAAGCUAACCUCAGAGCAGUUGGAGUUUAUUCACGACAUCCGGAGGCGGAGUAAGAACCGCAUUGCCGCUCAGCGCUGUCGCAAGAGGAAACUGGACUGCAUUCAGAAUUUAGAAUGUGAAAUAAGAAAGCUGGUGUGCGAGAAGGAAAAGCUGUUGUCCGAGAGGAAUCAGCUGAAAGCGUGCAUGGGGGAGCUCCUGGACAACUUCUCCUGCCUCUCGCAGGAGGUCUGCCGAGACAUCCAGAGCCCGGAGCAGAUCCAGGCCCUGCACCGGUACUGCCCUGUCCUCAUACCCAUGGAUCUUCCCGGAGCCGGUGUGAACCCCCCUCCUCUGGGGGUUGAGCAGAGCCUUGCACCCUCCCAGUGUGCAGGAGGAGGAAAUGUCCCUUGCUGCCUGGAGCCAGGGGCCACUCCCCCUGGGCUUCCCUGGGUGCCCAGCAACACCUCUGAGAAUUGCACCUCUGGGAGGAGGUUGGAAGGUACUGAUCCUGGGACCUUCUUGGAAAGAGGCCCUCCUCUCGAAGCCAGGAGCCAGUCAGUGACGGUGGACUUCUGCCAGGAAAUGACUGAGAAGUGUACAACAGACGAACAGCCCAGGAAAGAUUAUGCCUAGCCAGUAUGAUGGGCUCUGCCCCCAGGCCCUCACACCUCUCCCAUCUGGGUCCUCCAGCCAGCGGCUCUGUUCAUCUGAGUCGUGAAGAACCAAGAGCGACUUUGGUGCACACUACAGCAGUCUUAGCAGCAAUACUGUUCCGAAGUAUUUCCUCCUCUCUGCAAGCAGGAGUGCUGGUUACCUUCACAAUGGUGCUACCCCUUGCCCUGGCAAGGAAGACAGCAGUGUGACACUGUCUGUCUGCGGGUUAAUUGCAAACUUCACAGGGAUAGACUACACCUCUAGGACCCAACCACGGAUUUUUUUUCUCAGUGGCCCAUGUCACAAACCCUAUCUCAGGAAUUUCUUCUGAAUGUUCAAUUUUUUUCAUUGAAGACAGCUUCUAUACACAUCAAAGUUUUAUAGCUAUACUGUACAUAUUAUAUAUAAUAUAUAUGAAAUAUAUAUCCAUAUGCAAACGUCCUGCAUGCCUCAAUUUUCUCAUCCUAAAACUGGAAACUUCGUUUAUCAUUUACAGACAGGUUCCAACAUUCCUCUUUUUGUCUCUGAUGCCAGAACUGGUUUUGUAGCUGUCAACAUGGUCAUUUUUCUUGCUUCACAGUUCAGUUUCAACCUGUACUUAUUUACAGACAGAAUUCAGUGUUGGAAGCAUUUUCUCAAGGGUCAAUCCUGUCAGACCUUUUUGCUUUUGUUGGCUUGGUUUCGCCAGCUCCAAUGUGUCAUGGUCUGUUCUUUUCUCCUGUGUCUUUGCAGACACUGCACAGCAACGGUCGACUCUGCCACUUGCACUGAGUUUUGAGUCAAACCUAUUUUCUUAAAUGAAGUUGUAACUUCAGUAUAACUCAAGUAUAUUGUAUAUUCUUUGCUUUUAGUUUAAAAGGAAGACAUUUUAGCUAAUUAAAAAGCACUCAGGUGAUAAUUAUGUAGGAAAAAAAAACAAUCUUGCCAAAUAAUGAACCCAUCCUAGGAUGUGUACACAGUAAUCUGCUUGAAUAUUUUUGUAGCUCCCUCCCUCCCCACCUUUCCCUAAAUUGAGGCGCAGGUAAUCCAGAGCUGACACUGGAUGUCCGAUUCCUCCGUGGGGAAAGGGUUCGAUGGCCGCAGGACGUCGUGUCACAAGAGCCUGCGGUGGUGGGGUAGAACUCCAUGGCCACUGGUGGAGAGACCAAGGGAGAACCGUUUCCUUACCCAGGGAGGGGUCCCGUUGAUGUCAGCGUUUCAUUCUGGCCUCCCGCUUACACUGCUCAGAAAUGUCACGCGGUAGCACCUGCUCCUUGGAAGGGCACAGCUAACCAGCCACCCAGCUUUCAGCCCAGGCCCAGCCUCCAGGACAUCUUAAGACCUAAGGGGACUUGAACCACAAGCCUCACCUGUAGGUGGCAGCCCCUGGAUUAAUUGAACUCACUGAGAGUAGGGAAGGACAUGGCAGAAUGGAGCCUGAGGUCCACAUGGGCAGAGGCUAAUGCAUUUUUUUUUCCUUUUCAUUCUUCAGAUGUUCUCUGUACUCUGAGGCUCGUUCCCCCUCCCGCAACCCAGACUCUUGUCUGAAAGCUGCUUCAUUCAAGGCAUUGGACAGCUAGCCCUAGGGGCCCUCUGCCCUCCCCCCCAAGUCCUCCAUCCUACCCACCCCCCACCCCCACACUCACCCUUCCCUUCCCCAGGUAAUAAUCUGCUUCCCUUACUGAAAACUAGUCGGUUUGCAAAUCUGGAGAUGGUCCCCUGGUCCCAAGCCGUGUUUACAGGGAGGUGUGCCCCAGGGGGGAGUCAGUUACCUCCCAAGCGGUCUCCACCUCCUGCUCAGCAGCCGGAAACCACUCCAGCUGUGCCAGGUUGUCCGCGACAGUCUGCUGUUGGGAGAGGGAGAGGAGAAUACACGAUGGUUGACUUUGUUUCUUCUUCAUCUGUGCCAUUGCUUUGGACAGUAGUAAAGCUGCAUGUAAAAGGGGAAAUUAGUGUAUGACUAGUAGGCAAAGGUGAGACCCUAGUAACAUGUUCUAGUAUUAACUUCGUCCUGUACCUGUAGUAGUGCUAACUGUUUAAGUACGUACGAAUGCCACAAGUUGUUGGUCCAUGCCGUAGAGUGAAGGGGGAAAUUACUUCUUUUAAAAUAGGUCCAUUUUUAGAACAUGCCUCUGGUUUUGAGUGUGUGUGCACGCGAGCGUGUGCACGUACAGAUUUUGAUAAAGCUGUGUUGGAGCUGCCAUCUUUGUUACACAGUUGGUGUUUCUUGGUCUCCCCUAAGGGUUCCGUGUGUCACCAGGAAGCUCAUCCUCAUGAACUGAUGUAAAGCUAGCAUUCAGCUCCAUGUGAAUCUCGUGAUGCUCACAGCUGCCUAAUAUGCUGUAGGAGUCGGCAGACAGUAUUUUUUUAACCCUUUUAUUGCCUUUUUAAGUGACCUCUUCUAAAGAAACAGAAAGGCUUGUUUUCUGUUCAGGCCAUGACCACUGCAGAGCAGCCUCUGGGCCUGUUUCAUGCUGUCCCGGCUUUGUUUAGCUGUAGCCUUGCCACAUUCCACAGUUUACCCCCACCCCGAGUUUCUGUUGCCAGUAGGUCAUUUUGAGAGUUGGGGGGUCUGGGAGUCAGGUCUCCUCAUUUCCCUCCACCCUAACUCAGCUCAUUUUUCUCCCUCAUUUUCUUUUCCUCUUCUUCCACACAGUCUCUGCCAUGGGAACUAGUAUUUUUAGAUUACUCUAAAAACUUCUACUUCUUUGGGUCCCCCCACCACUACCUUUGGUAUUUUUAACGAGUAAUUUCAUUCAGUAUCCACCAGGAACAACAACUGGCUUUGUAUAAUUACUUACGGGACAUGUCUGUGUCUUUUACUGUUCCAAACCAUUACUUUUUAAAAUUGUUUCUGAGUUGAUUCAAAGGGAGGGUUCACUGGGGACCAGAAUCUAAAUUCUUCAAGUAGAAUUCAGAAAUCCCCAAUCUGCCCUUCCCUUGGAUCCCUCAGUCAACCUCAUUCCCUCUACAGAAAAGAGAGGGAAGAGACCAGAAGAGAGCAUUUGCAGUUUAAGGGGACAUUUAGUUGCGUGUUUGAAGGUCUUUUCUUUCAAAGAUAAAGGACACUCCAAUCAUAGGCUUUUAGGAGAGCCACAGCCCGGUCGGGUCUCCCAAAGGCUGGGGUGUGAAUGGGUCAUGGUCCAGGGCUAGUACAGGUGACUGUAAGAUUCAUAACAUCCUACCCAAACUCAGCUCUUCCCUGGGAGCAGCCUUUGUCUCUGAACAGCCUCCUUCAGCUUGCCCAGGUUAAAGGCAGGAGUGUGCUCCGAGGUGUGUGUUUGUUUCUCUGCAUUAUCUGGGGGUGCCUUGAAUCAAGUCGAGCUUCCUGACUUACUGAUUCUGGAACAAAGCAGUUGUAAACACUUUCUCUAAAGCUGGCAAGGUGGCUAGGCCAUCAACUUCUCUCCUGGUUCCCCAACUCAGGCGUCUGGGUGGUGCUGCAGUGGAAAUCGUUAUUUUUAUGUCAUCCAGGUAGUUUAUUUAGGCUUUCUCAAGGUGUGCUGCUUUUACCGUGCACUAUAAUUUUGCAUGUGGUCCGUGCACUGCUUUUCGAAGGAAGUUAAGAGCCGCUAGGAGCUAGUGUGCUGACUGCCUCUCCUUAGAGGGCUCCAGAGCAACCCAGGACCUGUGGGGAGGACUGGCUAAAGCCUACACUUCUCUCUAGCUUCAGUACUUUAUGAUUACCACUGAAGAAGAAAAAGACAAAGCAGACAAAGGUUUGAAAGUAUAAACCUUUUCAGAAAUCGCCAAGUCUUGCCCCAGGGGCAGCUCAGCAUCCAGUGGACACACAGUCCUUCAAAAUGAGUUGGUCUGUGAAGCUGCUUAGAGUCUAUUUGAUUGCAGAUUCCUACGCGCUGUGACCCAUUUAAACUAAGCUGUUUACCGAUGGCUUCAAACUGCUCCACGACUGCUUACAAUAUAGAGGGACUCCCAGAUCUAAAACAGAGCAAAAACCAAGGUUUAUUCACAGAUCUCUCUCCAGCUCUCCUCCCCACGCCUCCACCUCUCUCUCUCUCUCUCUCUCUCUCUCUCUCUCUCACACACACACACACACACACACACACACACACACUCACACACACCAGACUAAAGAAAAGGAUUAUUUUAGAAGAAUAAAGCUCUUUGUUGUAUCAUUAGUAUUUACUUGAGGAUUUUGUUGCAGAUUCCAUUUCUGGCAAGUCGGUCCACAAUGCCUUGUGGGGUUGGUAUUCAUAAAGGAAGUCUGUGCAUGGAGAUAUUUUGUGUUCAAAAUGUAUAAUACUGCCCGAGCCAUCUCACGACCCAAGUGUCAAAGACUGAUGCUGUAGCAUAGGAUAUAUUUGUGCAUAAAUAGUGUGUGCAAAUAGUACUUGUACAUUGAAGAGACUUGUCGUAGCAGAUCAAAGGUCAAUUAUUCAACUGAUGGUGCAAAAACAGUACUUGCAAAGUAAUUGUAUAGUAUUUUCCUACACUCCACCCUGGGAGAUCAUAUUUAUAACAAGUGAAUGAUUAGUGCAUUUGAAUUGUAAUAUGAAAUGAUGCUGCCAUUUUGUGAAGAAUAUCCACUGGGUUGCAGAGGCCAACUUUUAUAGCUUUGGUUUUAUGUUGUGGCAUGGUGUAUGCUUUUCUCUAUUAAGCAAUGGAUAAACUCUUGGCUUUCAUUCUCAUUCCAGUUUAUUGACCUCAGAUGAAACAAUGGCUAUUCAUGGAAGUGUGUCAAGACCCCUCGUUUCAGGUAGACUCACACUCAGUGCCAAACGCUCCCAUGGGAAUAAUCAAACGUUUAUCAGGAGAGAGUGAAGGGACUUGGACAAAAAUGGGUUUUCCUAUUAAUGGGUGCUAAAUCUUCUACCAAACACAUCUCUGGGGGCAAAGAGUUGGCCUCCGCUUGGGUCCUAACAGUGAAUAUUUUGUCUGUGGCAACGCUGGGAUGCCCAUUUACACUCUGACACAGAGCCUGGCACUUGUAAUGAAUUAUCAGGAAGAUUACAGAUGCAUUUGGGAGCUUCGGGUACUCGUUAGACACAGUGAGCCAUUCAAGGCAAGAGGGCCUGUGAGAAUUUGUUCCAGAACCAGUCUGAUGCGCGUGCACCUCUGAAUUAUGCCUUACAGACUCCAGAGGCCAUAUGCAAAACAGGGUCUUCUCAGUGUAUGCAAGGGGCUCAGCCCCUCCUCUCCUCCUCCCCAGCUCGAACAAUAUGGACAGUUUUCACACAUAUCUACCUGUAGAACCCUCCGUACCUCUCAUAACUGGUCAACGACUGUAACAGGUUACAUCAGGUGUUUUUCUACAUACUUUUUACACAGAUUCUAUGCGAUUAAUGUAACUUAAUUCAACGCAUCAUUUUAUUGUACAAGUUCUUACGCUUGGCCUUAUUUUUUCCUAAGUGAUUGUGGUUUUGUGGUUUUUCUUGUGGUUUUCUUGUAAAGAUAUUGAGAUGGCUGUUGAUGCUUAUUCUCUGUAACUAAGAAUUUUUACCUUUUUGGGAAAAAGCAUUGCUAUGGAUUAAUGAAUUGAGACUUCAUUUACUUGUUGUAAAUACACUAUUGUGCAAAAAAAAAAAUCACUCAAUUGAAUUGCUAGUGUUAACUGAAUUUGUCUAGACGCCAUUUCUGUUGAUGAAAUAAAGACAUAUCAUCCUGCAUU